AUGCUUAUCGCCGUUGAAGGCGCCUCGGGUAAUGCAGACAGGGGCGAUUUGGCUAUCGUGGCCGACGAAACGGGCCUGAAGAUCGUAUUAACGGAUAGCAAGGGUGUAAAAAUAGCCCCUAUAGGACUUGCUAAUUCUCGUUAUGGCGAGUUCACGGUUAAUAUUCAAGAGUGGAACUCAAACGUAUUUGACGACUUCCCUGGCGACGAUUCGACAAAGGUCACCUUCCUCUUCCUUAACACGACCGACGGCGACCCCAAAAAGGCACCUGAGCCCUGGGUGCAAACAUUGCAACUCAAAGACAGAAAACAUGUCAAUCUCUACCCAAACCAACGAAAAAUGGAGGCGGAGCAGGGGAAGGUGGAGCUGAUCCAAAUCUUGGACACCAUCGCAAAAACCGCUACAGAAUGGAAGUUCCAGUUCCGACCCAAGACUUGUUUCGGAACAGGCAUCUGUCCGUUAAUUAAGAAGCAAACCACAGUAUACAAACGCUCCUGGAGCGCAGCUUCAUCCCAUGUGCGCAUCCUAGACGAAAGACUGUCUUCUAUACCAUGCUUUCCACUUGUUGACAAGCCGAAAAGCUUUAUCACGACGAAACGGAAACGAGGGCAGGUGUCCACCGAGGAGUGCACCGCCAAUGUACCUUGGUUUCACCAGGAAUACAUAUCUUUGGCGGCUAAAGGGGAGUUCCGCGUAUUCCUUACCCCAGGGAGCAGCUCGAAAGGAGUGGUCUUCCACUGGGUUCAUACUGCUGUUAACCGCGACAACCCAAAAGUGAAAGAUAUCGUUCUUGUUACCAAGCCAUCCGGAAACGACAGCGAAGAGUUCACGGGAAAUACUUUUAAAUUUGGCAUUACUGGCUACUUCCAAAUCCAAGCAUUCGGGCAGAUCCUUCCACAGAACGCGGGCGAGGAUAAUCCGGCCUCAAAUAAGUUAACCUCUUUCGACGGUAUUGCCUCGUUUAUAUAUCCAAAUGCCUCGGUCCUUUUGGACAUACUCGCUCACCCGUACUACACCGCGGUGGUUACCAAUAACGAAGCCAAAUUCAUCGACAAGAAAGCCCACAAUGGCGGUCAGGUGGCUGUAUACGUCGCCGAGAUAGUUCCUGUCGUCGGCUAUGGCAAAAACGAUAUUGCUGUGGCGGUGGACAUCUGGACAGGGGAUGAAGCCACCCGGGAAAAGUACCAGGCGCUAUUUGACGAGUACGACAAACGACAUUUUGGCUGA